UCUCCCUCAGCCGCUGUGCUUAGACAGAUUGGGAUUCACUGCCAAGAAGGACUCACGGGCGAGAAGAGUGUGUUUCUUAUCUUCUCCUGUGUUUUUCUUGCUCUUCCGCCUGGCUUCCUUCUACAUUUCUAUCCCUGGUCCUGGGGAGGAUGAGGAGGAUCUAUUCAUGAGGAAGGCACGACAAAAGAAAACCAGAACAAGGAGCAACAGGGUGGUGAAUUCCUCUUGAAGGAGUGAGCCAGAAGAUCCCUUCUUUUUCCUCCAGACUCCUGUGAUAAGGGGUUCUGACUCCCAGAGGCAGCAGCCAUGUGACUGGAGCCAUGAGGCAGAAGAGGAUGACCACACCCAGCUAAAUCUACACAAACUCCCCCAACCCCUCUCUUCCUCCCUGCUGCUCCAGCCCUCCUUCCCACAUGAGGACAAGAAGAUGACUAUCACCAGCCGGCAGCCCUUCAAUGUCCUGACUGUUAUUUUCCUCCUGCUGUUCGCUGCAGUUCUCUCUGCUCAUUACCGGGUGUGUGAACCCUACUCCGACCACAAGGGCCGUUACCACUUUGGCUUUCACUGCCCACGCCUCUCGGACAACAAGACCUACAUGUUCUGCUGUCAUCACAACAACACGGCUUUCAAGUACUGCUGCAACGAGACUGAGUUCCAGGCUGUCAUGCAGAUCAACCUCACCACCACCUCAGACGGAUACACACACAAUAAUUACACAGCUCUGGUUGGUGUGUGGAUCUACGGCUUCUUUGUCAUGGUGCUGCUGGCGCUGGACUUUCUCUACUACUCAGCCAUAAACUAUGAGUUGUGUCGGGUCUACCUGGAGAAGUGGGGUCUCGGAGGACGCUGGCUGAAGAAAGCUCGGAGUCAGUGGCACCAAUCCAUGGCAGAGGAAAGUGAAGCCCAGGCCCAGGUCCAACCCAUGGUCUCCAGCCACUAUCAGCCCCGACACAGCCUCAGAGAGGAGAGCCACAGCCCCACACUCCUGCCCUACAACACAUCCACUGCCUGAGUUCGGCCGUGAGUGGAGGAACUGAACUGUAGCAGCACCUUCUUCCCUACCCUGGUACAGAGGAGAUGCCCCACAGACAUCCAGAGACGACUGUUGGGUUAGCCAUACUCAUAGUAGAUGAAGAUGAUUCCUGCACCUUAGAAACAGCACAAACACCCAUGGACCUGACAGAGCAGGAUGAGAACCCGAAGUUCAAAGUUUACAUGGAAAGAUGCUCCCGCUGUGCUGCACGGCAGGGUGCGGCUGAAUUUCUGCUGCUCAAAGGUGUUCAGUGAUCUCCUGAAAUGACUGCCAAGGCCUGGAGUAACCCAAGAUGAACUGGAUAAACUGUACUGAUCUCACAAGCUCAGAGGCUUUCCCUGUUUUUUGACGAAAAAGGCAGAUCUUUUUAGAUAUAAGGUGUUAAUGACACCGCUGUGCCAGUUUGUGUUCAGUAGCAGUUAGACACAGUUGUGGUUUUAUCUAUUUGGUGAUUACUUUGUGUGAACUAGCGAGAGAAGCGUCUGACUGGUCAACACUCAGACCACGUGACAGAGUAGGUUGAUGCUGAGCAUCACAUUUAGAGUAGAGUGUUUUCGUUUCUUGCCAAAACCCGAUGCUAACUGUCCACGCGGCCACGUUCAUUAUAUAGCAGUAUAUUGUAGAAACUGUUUAGGUUUCCAUACAGCAAACUGAGUGAUUACUCUGUAGUGUGUUGUUUCAGACAAAAAAAAACACAAUGCUGUCGCACAAGGUUCUAGAGUAGGUCAUUCAUACGUAUACGUAUAUCUGUUACUUUUCCUGACAGUGGAAGAGAAGAGAUCUGAGUCUGACUGAUUUAUUCCACCUCCAACAUUAUUAGCUAUCAGGGAUGUCUUCUGAACAGCAGAGAAUGUUACACCUAGUUAAACCUAACCUUAACUGUGGGCUCUAAGCCAACAGAGCCAUUAUGAGCCUGUAAAGUAUAAGGUGCGUAAAUGGUAGUGGCCUCUGCAAUCUCAUCCGCUGACUUGUUUGCCCUUCUUUAGCUUCAACACAUUAGCAAUAUGAUGCAGGACACGAGGCUCCUCCUCCCUAUGGUUUCUUUAGGUGGACUCCAUACCCCACACUGGCACAUGGUGUCUGAUUAGCCAUAGAAGAAGAAGACAAAAAAACAUGUAAACAUAAACAAUCUCCUUGACCGUCAGCAAUAAUAAUAAUGUAAUGUAGACCAAUCAGGACGAUGGAAGAGUAAAGAGCACAUCAUAACCACUGAGGUUUUUAUGGCUUGGUUUAUACGCAAGUCAAAGCAGAACAGAUAAGAACGUGAAGUGUUUCUGCAUCCAUGAAGUCAUUUUUCUAUGUCAACAAGUAGGAGAACAGUAAGAAGUGUUCAGGACACAAGGAUCUUCAGGCCAAGAACCCGUGUACGGAACCCAAAAUAUAAAACGAGUCCAUUCAAACUGUCACCACCCCACUGCAGUAUCCUCAAGGAUUCCUGUCCUCUGACGAUGGCCUCAAUCACAAAAAAAGAUAUUUCAAGACGCUAAUAAUGACUACAUGGCAGAAUAUUUCCAAUAAUAAAGUAUUGUACUUGCUUGUUAUUUGAAUAAUAAUAUCCCUAGUUAGUACGUGUAGUAAUUACAAAAGCAGAAAAUUAAAUGUCUAAUUAAAUUUAAAUUUCCUUGGUGAAAUUAUUUUGAGUAAGCGCCAAAAUCAUCUGAAUCAAGGAAACUCUCAUUCCACAAAUCCAAUGAGUCGAUAUUUUUUAUGUCGAUUAUUUUUUAUUAAGACAGUAAAAAAUGAAUCUUCUCAAUAUAUCAUCCCAAAAACUGUGUGUAAUGUCAGAUGUUCUCCAUUCUGUGUGAGGAGAGCAAACAGAGCUGACGCCAGACUGUAUGAAUGUGAAGACAGGUGGACAGAAGGUGGAUACACCAGAGGGCUGUCUGUUCAGAUCCUGCCUGUGGAACAGCUGCCAAGCUGGUAUUCACACCAACCCUCUGCCCAACACACACACACACACACACACACACACGACAUCAUCCCUGUCAAAGUCUCACAGCAGAAACUGUUAUUUGUUGUCCCCUGCAUGGGGCUUCUAUAAGUCACUGUCUCUGUCUCUGUCUCUGUUGUGUGUACAGUGGACCUGAACGGAACUCUCAUCAAGUGCAGUGAGCUCAGUACGUUGGGCUUCACCCACAGUUAUCAGCAAUAAAAAUGGACAUUUGCUGAGUUGCUGGUGCAAAGCUCGUAACCGUUUUUCAGGCACUGUUUGUAGAGGAGGAGAAGCAGAAAGAGUUCAGGUAAAAUAAUUGGCUCCGAGAUCAUUUCAUUUCUGCGGCUGCCUCCUUAUUCCCACAGUGUGAACAGCUGCAGCCGACAGUGGAGUUUGGAACAGGUGCAGAAAUACAAAGGGGAUUUAAUUAGUCCGUGAUGCUGGAUAAGUGUGAAAAAGCUAAUAUGUUACAAAAUAUUCUUAAUUCAGGGUCCUCUGCUGAGAGGUUGGACGUGUGAUGAAGUGGAGAAAGUCUGCACUGUGGCCAAUGAAGUCAUAAACUCACCCAAAGUAAAGAAAAAAAACAAACAAACAAAGAGUUUAGUUUUCUUGAUGAGUCGUAGCAGGGUCAAAAUGAUGAGGGUUUUUUUUUCUCUAGUUUCUUAACAUGUUACAACUUAGUUCUGUGAUGUUUUAUGUUUUCUUGACUCCGACCUGAUGUGACGUGGUACUGUAAACUGUAUCGGCUCGGCCUUCUCCCUCGAAACGUUCAAAUAAAUAAGAAAAUAAAAAUAAAAGUUGGGGAGAGGGGAGCACACAUCCGUGUCAGUCUCUCCAGGUUGUCAUGUAACAGUUGCCUUACAGUUGAAAACCCACCUGUACACACAGAAGCUUUGUAGUGGUUGAUACCUCACUUUUUUGGGUGUGGUGGUGUUGAUGUGCACCACAUUCUGUCUACGUAUUUACUACUAGAUAGAAUGUACGGUUUUUCAGUCGGAUUGUUAUUGCACUUGUUGACUUUGUAUUGUCACAACAGGGAAAAAUAAAGUUUUAUCUUUUUCAGUGUGUUUAAA